AUGCCGAAGAGAGGUUCGCGAUCGGGAACAGAUACAGCAUCGGAAGUCGACUUGGAGAAGGCAUCUGAAAUGUUCCCGAAAAUAUCGACCUCGUCGAAACGCUCCUCCACACAACUUGAUAGUGGGUCGCAACGACCAUCAGAUGCGAGCGAUCGCGUUGUAGAUGACGAAAGCAAAACUGAGACCAUUGGAGAUAAUGAAAGCACAGAUCAGCAGUUGAAUCGUCGUUCUCGAGAAAGCUCAACUCCCGAAGAGGAGUUAUCGGAAGGCAGUGAAGGUUCGAGAUUUGCUGUCACGCUGACUAAAGAUCCAAAAAUUGGACUUGGUUUAACGCUGGUCGAUGGCAAUCUGAAUGGUAUCAAAGGCGUUUACGUCAAAUCGGUCACUGACGAUGGCCCUGGAAAGAAAAAUGGUGUGAACGUUGGUGAUCGCUUGAUGAGUGUGAACGGCGUGUCGUUGGUUGGUAAGGAUCGACAUGCAACUGUGGAUCUGGUUAGACAGAGUGGCAGUGUUGUCCGAUUGAGCAUCUUUAGGUGA